AUGUGUGAUGCAUUGAGCGAUCUAACAGACUUUGAUGUUAGCACAGCACCCGUGAUUCUUAUUUCUAAUCUUCUUUACCUUCUCUUCCCUCUAGCGAACGUGGCCACAUUUCUGACGCUCCAGCUGAGAGGCUGCGGUCUGUCUCAGAGUACUAGAAUUUACCUCAUGUCCAUGUCCAUGGCUGAUCUGCUGGUCCUUAUAUUCUACGUUCUGGUCUACCGCAUCAUCCUCCCCCGUUUCCAGCACGUCUUUUACCUGUACACCUUCGUGUGCCGUCUGAUCUCGAUAAUGAUCGCGGCUGUGAUUGACUGCUCCGUGUGGCUAACAGUGUCCUUCACCUUCGACCGAUUUGUCAUCAUCUGCUUCCAGCGAUUCAGAAGGACAUACUGCUCUCCGAAGUGCGCAGCGUUGAUAAUUACGAUAGUUUACCUGCUGACCUACUCCAGGAACCUUCCCUAUUAUUUUGCAAUUCUACCCCACCAUGAGCAAAACAACAUGCAGUUUGGCUGUAAGACAAAUCCCAACAUUUACACAUCUCCGGCUUGGAGAGCCUUCUAUUGGCUCCACACUAUUUUAACUCCCUUGGUUCCCUACGUCUGCGUGGCUCUGCUCAACCUCCUGACAAUUAGACACGUACUGGUGGCUAGUCAGAUCAGGCGGGGAUUUCGGGGAAGUGGAGGAGAAGUGGAAGACCCUGAGAUGCAAAGUCGGAGGAGAGCAUUGAUGUUACUUUUUGUUGCCUCAGCAAGUUUCAUCUCCCUUUGGAUGGCCACAGUUGGUCUCUUUCUGUUUUCGCGAAUCACGAACACCUACUUUUACCGGGACUUUAAUGACACAUUUGCGAUUGUCAAUGAAUGCUCGCGCAUGCUCAGGGUUCUGAACUGCAGUUCAAGCACCUGCAUGUACGCUCUUACACAGGCAAGGUACAGGGAGGAGCUGAGGAAAGCGAUGAAAUAUUGUGCUAAUACACUUAGUAGGCUUGUGGCGGCGGUAAAUAGACAGGAGUCAAUGUGA